UGUGAACCUUAAAACUAUAAAAAUCUCACAUCUCUCAGAACCAGCGGUUGCAUCUGAUCUACUUUCCAUUGAAGAUCCAUCCUUAGCAAAAAUGCAAAGCUUUAGUGCCAACAAAAGAACAUACAGAAUGUCUUCAGAGGACCUCAGUGGGCUACGACCAACAUUUUACUCUUGGAGAAGUGCUGGAAAUAGGGGUUCCUAUUCCAAAGAUAUCUUUGGAUCUACCAAUGUACAAAUGGGAGUUGUUGGAAACGUUGGAAAUGAAAAGGUAACCAUGCAAAUUCUGAAUGAGCGCCUCGCUUCCUACCUGGAGAAAGUUAGGAUUUUGGAGAAGGCCAAUGGUGACCUAGAAGUAAAAAUCCGCCAAGUUAUGGAGAAAAAAGGUCCAGACACAACAGACUACAGUCACUUCCAAGUCACUCUUGAUAAACUACGCAAAGAGAUCCUGGAGAUGAUUAUGGGAAAUGCAAAUGUGAAUCUUCAAAUCGACAAUGCCAAGUUGGCUGCCGAAGACUUCAAGAUCAAGUUUGAAAAUGAAUUUCAGCAAAGACAGUCUGUUGAGGCAGACAUAAAUGCAUUGAGAAAGAUGCUGGAUAGCACCAAUGUGGCACGACUCCAUCUGGAAAACGAUGUUGAAGGAUUGAAAGUAGAGCUCAUCGAGUUAAAGAAACAACAGCAACUGGAAUUGUCAGCACUAUACGGUCAGAUUACCCAAUCAGGAGUGCAAGUGGAUGUAAAUGCUCCCAAGGGACAGGACCUGGCUAAAAUAAUGGAGGAGAUGAGAGCGAACUAUGAAAAGAUUGUGCUGAAAAACCAAGAAGAGCUUAAAGCCUGGCAUGAAUCAAAAAUAUCCGUGGUGCAGGUUCAAGUGACAGAGAACACUGCAGGAUUGAAGGAAGCCAGCACACAACUCAGUGUGAGCCGCAGGCAGAUGCAGACUUUAGAAACUGACCUGCAGUCUCUGACUGGAAGUAGAGCAUCUCUGGAAGAAGCCCUAAAUGAGACAAAGCUGCGGAAUGGCAUGCAGGUGGAGCAAUACAAUGCCAUCAUUUUGUCACGAGAAUCUGAGCUUAAACAGCUGCGUGAUGACAUUCAGAGGCAGUCGUUAGACUAUCAGGUCCUAUUUAAUAUCAAGAUGGAACUGGAAGCUGAGAUAGCCACCUACAGGAGACUUCUGGAUGGAGAAGAAACACUCCAGAACAGGUCUGUGUCGGAGACGGUCACCCGGACGACGGUGGAAACGAAAAUAUUGUGAUGAAAAACUGAUAUGAAGAAAAUCACUUGUGUUAAUCAAAGAUAACACAAAAGAAAUAUCUGAGUUGAAAUGUACACUGUAAAAAAAAUCUGUAAUAUGAUGGGGGGUUUUUCGGCAGCUGGGGUGCCGGAAAAAAAUGUAAUGUAACGGUCAUUAAAUUUACAGUAAAAUUUUAAUUUAAAGAAAUUUCUGUAAUUUAACAGGCGUUAUUUUAUGUUUUUUUUUUUUUUUUCGGCACCCCAGCUGUCAAAAUACAACGUCAAGUACAACAAAUGUUCUGAAUCAAUUAAUAACAUCUUUGAGUAGUAAUUCCUUUGAAUCAGAUUUUGAAAACAUGCUGGAAAGCCAAACCAUACUGUCAUAUGUCAAUCUCAUUGAUCAUCCUAAAAGUUUAAUAAACAUUUCAACUGGCAAAGAAAACAGCAAA